CACACAGAGCGCGUAUAGCUGACCGACUGCUAGUUUGGAAGUUUGGUAGGAGAUCGUAACAAAAUUUUUUAAAAAUGGCAGAGUUGAUAGUCAUGCCAACAUCUGCAUUUAUUGAUGAAAAGAUGUCAAUACAUGUAUAUGGCCUACAGAAAUCGCGAAGUGUUACAAUUCGGGCAUUUGUCGACGAAAGAGGCCGAAAUUUUGAGGCAUACGCUCAUUUUCAUUCCGAUGUUAAUGGCACGGUCCAACUCGAUUCUCACCCGUCUCUUUGCGGUAGUUACCGAGGUGUCAUGCCAAUGGGGCUGUUCUCCCAUAUGCAGCCUUCUCCGGGACAGAAAGCUGGAGUACGAUUGGUCAAGAAAAAUGUAACAACGCCACUUGUUUUUGAUCUGACUGUCUAUGAAGGUUUCUUGUCAACUGAAGAAUUCUAUUCGAGAACCUCCGCACACAAAAUCCUUGCUAAAACGACCGUGGAGAGGUGGUAUAUGGCAAAGGAUGUUGAGAGGAUAGAAAUUAAAAGUGGCAACAUACGAGGAACACUAUUCAAACCUAAAGGUGAUGGUCCAUUUCCGGGUAUUAUUGAUAUGUUUGGAACGGCUGGUGGUAUUAUGGAAUUUCGUGCUGCUUUGUUCUCCUCCUAUGGCUUUGCUUGCUUAUCAUUGCCAUUCUUCGGCUAUGAAGACUUAACCAAAAACCCUGUGGAAGUUGAUAUGGUGUAUUUUGAGGAAGCUGUCGAUUGGCUGGUGAAUAACCCACUUGUGAUGGAUUCUGGGAUCGGUAUCAUCGGUGUAUCUGCAGGUGCCCAAACUGUCCUGAAACUCGCUACAAUUUGUGGAUCGAAGAUCAAGGCCUGUGUCUGCAUCAAUGGAAGUCCAUUUUAUACCCCAGAUGAACCUUCAAGGUUAUACAAAGGAAAGGUGCAACCAACACUAAAUGUUUCAACAGAAAGAGUUUUUGUGGAAGAGGAUGGAGUGUUCAAUAUCACUCGGUAUUGGCCAAAUAAACCUGAAGACAUCGACCAUUCCACAAUGAUGAAUCUUGAGGACUCAUCUUGUCAGUUUCUAUUUAUUGCUGGAGAGGAAGAUAAAACCUGGUCAAGUAAGCUGUUUUCAACAUUAGCUUGUAAAUAUCUUCAAAAACAUGGUAAAAGUAACUGGAAAAUACUAAGCUACCCCGGAGCAGGCCACCUGAUUGAGCCACCGUAUGCUCCACUGUGUCACAAAUGCUAUGUUGCCAUUUCAGAUGUGGUUGUUUUAUAUGGUGGUCAUCCAGAUGGGCAUGCUAUUGCUCAAGAAGACUCCUGGCGGAAUACUCUAGCUUUCUUCAGGAAACACUUAGGCGGAAGUGAACCAAUUAGAAGUGUGCCCUCGCAUGACAGGUUGGGGAUGAUCACAAUUCCAAGUAAACUUUAGUGGGAUAUCAAUCAAGGUGGUAUUCAUAGUCAAUGGCGACACUUUGUGGCCUCUAGUUUAUCCUGUCGUGGAUGUCGCUCUGCCAACAAAAAAAAUCUGGCACUGCCACUGGACUGGUGAUAGUUAAGGAAGGUUUCCAUAAAAUCACUACACAGUAUCGGCGACAACUUUUGGUGGCGUUGAUUGUUCGGUCGAAUGGAUGAGCCUUCCUGAUUGCAUCGAGGACAGCUACGCAGUGCAAUGACUGCAGUGAAAACAUUGUAGCGACAAUGUAUCGAUUUAAUUGAAUACCAGCUGUCACAUACUAUAUCCAUACUAUAUUAAUAAUUGUCUUCAGCCAAUUAAUAGGAUGGAUAACUCUGGAUGUUGAUAUGUUGUCACAUAAAUCUUUAGCUUUAUUGAACAAUACAAAUUAUUUUGUCAAAUUUUUGUGCAAUAAUUUGAACCUCCAUGUAAUAGUUUCUAUUGAUUAUGCAUAGAAUGCAACUAUACUAAUUGCUUAUUAAUGUGCUGGUAAUAUUAUUACUAGAGGUAAUCAAUUUUAAUAGUGUUACACAUUAUUCAUCAGACCCAAUGAAUUUUAUAUGAUGGUUUAUGUUUUAGACCUAUGAUUAAAAAAAUCAUGCCUUUUCAUGUAUGUUGGAAUCAGACAAUGCAAACACAGUGGCGGAUCCAGGAUUUUUUUUUGGGGGGGGGGGGGGGGGGGGGUGAGUGGCAAUUAAUUGAGGACCCAUGAUCUAAUGGGAACUGGACCUAUGGUCUAAUGGGAAAAGGUUGGGUUGUUUCCUAAAUUGUGGAGUCCAGAUGGCUAUCCCUCUGGAACCUCUAGAGUUUAAGCCAUUUUAAUUUCAUGUCUAUUUGAUUGCACAUAUUAAGGCUAAAAAUUGUUUAGCUGUUGCUGGGGGAGUGAGAUCCACAUCUGAAAUAUUACCUGUACGGGUUGACGGACAUAAAUCUGAUGCUUAUAGCUUGAAGAAGGCAUACAAACAAUUAUGCAAAUAAAGGAUGUAUAAUUUAUAUAGAUUAUAAUGUAUAUUUAUUAAAAUAUUAACUUUUUUUUCAAUGAACAGAUGUAUUGCCUAAACAUUUGUCAUUAUCUCUUCAGUUUAAAUGUGAUUGUUAAUACAAAUUUCAAUAAAUCUUAUAGAGUAUUUUUUUGAAAAAACAUAA